CAUGUUGAACAACCCAAAAUUAUACAUUUUCUGUAUAAUUUUGGGGGCGAGAGUAAUGAAAUAUCUUAUAUCCAAAAGUAUAAAUAGAUGGAAAAAAAUCACCAUUUAUUGAAUAUGUUAUUGAUAUAAAACAAAUAUCAGAGGUGCGCGAUCUUAAUAACUUGUGUCAGACGGAUGGACGAAAAUAAACACAAGAACGUUAUCUACCCACUGCAGCGCCAGUGGAAAACGAGAUCUGUAUUCAGGCGUCAAGUCUCUUGGGAAAGGAAACCAGGCGCGCUGCAAGGCGUGCGAGUUAUCUCACUCGACUUGAUUUGUGUCCCAGAAAAAAGGUUGGCACUGCAUAUCACAGCUGAUCACGUAGUAACUGUGUAGGACCAUGAGGGGCCAUUUUCUAGCUCUUCUCCUUAUAUGGUGUACAAAGCAGACGGUGCUUUCCAGAGAUGGCAUUCAGACAGAGAAGAAUAACAUGAUGGGGCUGUUCAAGAGUAGAAAAGGCUGGAGGUUGACUGACCAGGAGUUCAAAUCUGUCCAAGUUUUCUCAGAGUUUGAAUGUGCCCGUCUCUGCGUAGAUGAUCCAAGAUGCAAGUCGGCCAACUACAAAGAAGCUGCUGAGCAGUCUGUGUGUCAGCUCAAUAGUGAAACGAGUCGAUCAAGAAAAAACCUCUACAUCCCAGAGGAGGGAUACACAUUCUUGGAACCAGUGAAGUCUGCGUGUGGCUCGAAGCCUUGUUCUAAACCCUACACAUGCCAGGAGGUGUUAAACAGCCACGACGUGUUGUAUACAUGCAAUCUGAAUACAGACAUCAAAUCGAAUUUCCAGAUAAGGUUUCCGACGAGAACAAACACCGACUACGUCAGGUUAAAUAAGAAAGUGGAUCUGACCAAAUUCACCUUGACCUACACAGUCCGUAUAGAUGAUGAUACUAAGGACCACACGUUCAUCUCCUACUCGUCAUCCAACAGCAACGGGAUCUUUAUGCUACAGCGGAGCCGCAUGUCGUAUUUGGUCGUCCAAGGUCUUUUCUUGUCGACACCCUACUAUAUCAAAGCGGACUCCAAGUUCCAUCGCGUCGUCAUAACGUGGGAUAACACCAAUGGCGACUACCAGUUCUUCGUAGAUAACACACUGGUACUCAAAGACACAGGUCUUGCUAAGGGGAAAAUCGUCGCUGGUGGUACUGGGAUAUUCGUGCUUGGCAACGACCAAGACACUAUCGGCGGAGGGUAUGUUUUGGCGGAUGCUCUAGUGGGAACAAUCACACGCGUCAAUUUGUGGGACGUGGUGUUGCCGGACGAGUACAUCGAGAUCCUGGGGCAGGGGUGUGGCAACGAGGUGGGUACGGUGCUGGCGUGGACGGAGUUCCGCAAGGAGACGUCUUCUUACAAUGGCGGUGCGCUUUUUGAAGAGCCGUCUUCAUGUUCCUAAUUUUCAUUCUGAGAGACAUGUUCAUGAUAUGCGGGGAAGUGAGUUCAGAAAGGACCUCUUGUGUCGUGGGAAAAUUCUCAGAGGCGGCUAGCUGCUGUAUCAAACAAUAGUGACACAUUUUCAGAAGGAAUCCAGGAACGCUUUGCACGGCAGAAUAUAAAUAGCUUUUGGCCCGUUUUCAUUUUGACUGCAACUGAACCAGCCCUGAUUUUGUAUACACCUAUUUCAAAAAGGUUGUCAGUGCAAAUGACGAAUGGCAAAUAGUAAAUGGCAGUUCUAAGCCCGAACGGCGCUUCUGGGUACUAAUCAUUCGUAAAAUUUAAGGUGUUAAAAAAAUGUUGCAAUGUCAGAGACAUACAUUGAUAAUCUUUAAUGGAUAAUUGUUUGAUUUAUCCAUAUUCUUCAGCAUUUAGUAGAAAUUUAAUGAGACCCAUGGUUCCUUUCGGUCCUAGAACUGCCAUUUGCCAAUCGCCAUUUGCCGUUUCGCACUGACAACGUUUUUUGAAAUAGGUAUAUGUACACGCCCUUAUGGCUGCGACGACAUCUGAGUAAUUAUGAAAACAAUCACUGCGCAAAAGGCUGUCUCAUAUAUUUUUCGGUUAGAUAUUUUUUCGAUUAGAAACGAUGCUAGCAAUUUUGUAAAAGACAUAAGGUUGUCGUAUGUAGAACGAGCGAGCUAUUUUGAAAACUCCCGUUAUCAUGAGACGACUUGCACUAAGAAAUCAAGUGACUUUUGGGGUCACAAACAUGCGCGCUCUCCAGCUUUCAGUAGCAAAAACUUCUGACAUUCACCAUGUGAAUAGAAAAAUAAUGACCAUAUAGCUCAAUCUUAUACAGUUUUAAAGACGGACACUAUUUCAAUCAUUCAGUGUCUUGGUCCCUUGUGGCUAGCUAGAGCUUUUACUGUACACGCACAUUAUAGAUUGAGAGAUCUCCCCAUCUUCCGAUAAAAUAUUGCAAUUAACUUUAAAAAUAGAUCAGAGUUUUAAUGUACUGUGCAAUAAAGUAUUCUGUAAAUACA